AUGGUCGAAACAAGAGGGCCAGUAACCCUGGCUGUCACCGUCACCAUGCUCGUCCUCGCAAGUCUCUUCGUCUUGUUCCGGUUCGUGACAAGAAUCUGGAUAGUACGAAAGGUGUACUUGGACGACUGGUUUAUAUUGGCUGCAUGGGCAAUGGCAGUCGGAUUCUCAGCGUCUAUAUGUGCUGGCACUGCGACGGGCCUAGGCUUGCACGAGGGCGAUAUUGGGGUUGGAGACCAUGGACAUCUUAGGAAAGCUGGAUAUACCUUAAGUGUGCUAUACAAUCCCGCGUUGAUGUUGACCAAGACCUCGAUCUUGGUGUUCUUCCUCUCGCUCUCGAAGGACGAGCUACUUUUCCGCCGCCUGAAUUACCUCACACUCUUUGUUGUAAACGUGGCUGGUGGUGCCCUAACCUUCCUCAAUAUAUUCCAAUGCCGCCCGACAAGAGCUGCUUUCACCUAUCCUGAGCCAGCUAACUCAUCGUGUAUCAAUAUCGUGACUUUGUACCUCAGCUCAGCACCCGUCAACAUAAUCACAGACCUUGCAAUUCUGCUUCUGCCUAUGCCACUUCUAACAAGCAUGCGCCUGCCGAAGAAGCAAAAAAUCAUUCUGGUUGCCACUUUCUCCGCUGGUGCAUUUGUGGCCGUUGUUGAUGUUGUACGCUUGGCAUAUUUGCAAGAUGCAGCCUUUGCACCACUCUCGGCCCAAACUGGACAAACGGGCAAUACAAAACAAGAGGAAAGGGGCUACGAUUUUGCAUGGAAUGCUGCGUUGAGUUUUAUGUGGUCAGCAGUUGAGGUCAACCUGGGACUGAUAUGUGCCUGCGUUCCCAGCCUGAAACCACUCUUCCUCCGGUUUCUACCCAGGUUUAUCAAGGAUGCGACCGAAACGAGCCUGAGGGACAGCAUGGACGAUGCACCACCCACCGUUGCUAAACAGAGCGUGCCACCCGGGAACGAGUUAACGAAUCCAGCCGCGUUUCGUGCAGCAGAUCCAAAGGAGAAAAAUGGAGCCUAUGGUGGGGAAGGAGGAUUUCUGGACUUUCUUUCUAGCCCGGAGGACGACGCUUUUAUGUCGCGUACUGCUACCAACGCGACAAAGGUGUGCACCGCUAGGUCUAAUUUUGAUUUCUACACGAUGCACUCUACCAAGAAUAUGCUUAAACUCUCCAAUCGGGAAUCCGUUCGACCUGUCGCAAUUGUGACUAUCUUAUUCUUUCUCUGGGGAUUUGCUUAUGGUCUUCUUGAUGACCUCAAUUCACAAUUCCAACGUGUGGUAGGAACCACUCCUGGUCAGGGCCAGGGCCUUCAUGCUGCUUAUUACGGUGGCUAUUUUGUUGGUCCACUUACCCUAGGCCGCUUCGUCAUCAAGAAGUAUGGUUUUAAGGCUUCUAUGAUCACUGGACUCGCUGUUUAUGGUUGUGGCACAUUGGUGUUUUGGCCCUCAUCAGUGCUCGGGUCUUACGUAGCAUUUAUCAUAUCCAACUUUAUCGUGGGCGUUGGUCUUUCCUGCUUAGAAAUUGCGGCGAACCCCUACAUCGCUCUCUGUGGUCCUUUGGAAUAUGCUGAGGUUCGUUUGAACCUCUCUCAAGGAUUCCAGGCAAUCGGAACUAUACUAUCGCCUCUUCUUGCCUCAAGAGUACUUUUCAAAACUGUGAACUCAGCACCUUCCUUGCUCAAAGUGCAAUGGACUUACCUAGGAAUUGCCCUUUUUGGGUGGGCUCUGGCCCUUGCCUUCUACUACGUGAACCUUCCCGAGGCUUCGGAUGAGGAAUUGGACGAGCAGGCCGACAAGAAUUUUGUGGCCAACCAGACGAAAGUUGGCCCUCUGCGCGUGAUUUGGGUCACUCUGGCUCUUGGUGUGUCAAGUCAAUUCUUCUACGUUGGUGCGCAGGAGGCAGUGGGCAACAAUUUUGGCGGUCUUUUUGCGUUGGCCACACCAAGCCGGUCUUCCUCGGACUAUGUCACCAUUGGACAUACCGUGUUCGCUGUUGGACGGUUCCUGUCGGCUUUUCUGAAUUAUGUUCUCCAACCACGAUGGAUACUCCUGGUUCUCUACCUAGCUGCCAUUAUCAGCUGUGUGCUGGCAAUGAACCUGAGUGGCGAUGCCUUGAUAGCGGCCGGCCAGCUCAUCUAUCUCACCGAAUCUGGCAUUUUUGCUGUCAUCUACUGCAUUGGCAUUCGAGGACUCGGCAUCCACACGAAGACAGGAUCGGCGUUUAUGACUGCGGCUAUUUCUGGGGGUGCCAUCUUCCCAGUCAUUCAAGCUUCCGUCGAGCGGAGUCGAGGGAUCAGAUAUUCGUUCUGCGUAGCUGUGGCAGCGUUCGCUGUAGGCACUGUCUUUGCCAUCUACCUCAACCUUGUGCCGGCAGCAAAGAAGCAGGUAGAUCCAGUGCAUGAAGAUCGCACGGCCCGCCGCAACAAACGCCUCGCUAAGCACCAUCCCAAUGAGAGCGACUCUCUGGCUAGUGCUCAGAGAAAUCAAUUCGGUCUCCUUGGGAUUAUCGCGAGGAGAAGAAGAACCAAAGCAGAAAAUAUCCCGACAUCUCUGCAUGUUGAGGACGGCAGCCCCGCGAGGCGAGAGACUUCGACGAGCUCAACCAACGGGGCUGAUAGCAUGGAAAGGGAGCAAAUCAACUUUGUCAGAUCCCCCUCCCCAGCAAGGGUGCAAGGUUCGUCCGGUGUUACUGCAGAUCUGAAGCCUUGGCCGCCUUCUCCAGUUGACGAGAGACAAGGAUUGAAACACGAUCUUGCUCCGUGGCCUGAAGAUUGA